UAUAUAUGCCCGUCUAUUUCGAGCCACCGUUACCACUGUAACCAGUUAGGUGGCAACUUUAAAAAUCAUCCUCACCAUGCGUGCCUAUUCUUUGCAUAUUUUCUGGUUGUAGCUGUUUUUUUUUUGUUGAUUAUAUACACACAAAGAACUUUUUUGCAGCCAGCACUCUAUACCAGUCCAAAGACCAUCGCACAUGACAGCAAACGUGUUGCCACUGUUUGCCCUAGCCAAGGAACAAAUCGAUUUAGGCGGGUCUUGCCCAGGCGAUAGCUUGGAGUAAUGCAGGUUUUUCUCUGGUCACCCAGUAUUGGUGUAUAUAGACAUACAUUUUUGCUCAGACUCACAAUCGCAACAGGGAAAACACUUCUAUCAGAGAUUAGCCCGCACCCCCCUCUUGCUUAUCGUGUGUCUUACUUGUUUACAAUCCUCAGUGCGUGAGCACGCUGCCAAACGAUCUCAGCUCGUGGAGGCGCUCCACAGCAACAGCGACUGUUAAACCAAUAUCAACUGGCACAGUAUCACGUAUUAUUCAUCUUUCGAUAUUGAGUGUCUAUUUGUGACUGGACAGCAAUAACUUCACGCCAGGCUGAAGCCAUAUAACUAAUCUUUCACGAAUUGCCAUUGUUUAGUGUCGUGUCACUAGGAAAGGUGCGAAUCUGUGACUUCGCUCGAGAUAGAUCGUGCGUAUGCCGAAAGGUGACAUGGAUGCUCGUUUACAUUUUUCCGUGUUUAGUGCUGAUACUGACGAUUGAUAAAUGUAGGGCAAAAGACAAAUCCUACACGGCACAUCAAGAACUAAGAAUUGUCGAUUUGUUAAAGAGUAGAUUGACUAGUGGCUAGUCAGUUGGAUUCGAUUUAAUCAUAUAUCGAAAGAUAAUAUAACUCACUUAUCUUGCGCUUUUUUCUGACAAUAAGAGCAACAGCGAUAACACAAGUUUUACGUAACAGUAAUCAAGCAAUGGCAAUAGCUACUGUGGACCUCGCGCAUGGCGAAGGGCAAGGAUUAUAGUGUGUCUACAUUACUGUGUGUGUCAACUGCACCUAAAUAAGUGUACGCAAAGCUAAAUAAUCUUCCACGCUCAGUAGCCACCUGCUGCUAAAAUACACAUAAUGGGUUAUCAUUAUUCAUAUAAUUUUUCGACACUGGCGCCACCAGCGUCAAAGUCCACUUCUAGACGUGCCUGCUCCACAGGAAAGACUACGUGUGUGACGAUAUAUCUCGUAUUUGUAAUUGAGGCUGCAGCCUAUGCGCAGAAUGCAGAUCAGAUUUUUGACGAUGCGCUCAACAAUGUAAAAAACACAACAAGGAUUCGAAUGCGCUUGGAUCCGCUUCGGCUUGAUGACAUGGUUACGCAGAAAAUCGUUGUGCAUGACAUUACCAUUCGUAACCUGCUCAGCCUGGAAAGGCAAGGCCCCGCAUUGAUCUCAAGUAGCAGACAAAACUUGACAAUGGACGCGGGGUUGGCUUUUCGCAAUGUCGUUGUUGAGGCCAAGUUUCGCCUCAAACGUGAACCGCGAGUUCUGCGUAUUCGAGGAUCGGUGUCUGCAAUUCUGGAACGACUCGUUGCCAAAAUUCGCCUGUAUGCAAAUAUACUUGCAGGCACAGUGGCUCUGGUAUAUUUCGAAGUGACUGAACUCGGCCAUCUACGUGUGACCAAUCUUACGGGAGCUGGGGCCCUCAACAAACUCGCGCGAACGUUAACGCAACGAUUCCUUAUCGAUAGAAAUCUAGAAAAGAUUCGACAAGUUAUCCAGAAACGAGGUCGUGAGGCAAUUGAGCAGACGCUUCGAGGGACCAAUUUAAGUUCGCUACUCUGAACUCUGUGGAGGCUGCUAGCUGCAUAGAGCGUAUGGCAUUGUCGAGUAUGUACAUAGUCGAAUCGAACGGACUGUACUAGUUGUCUUCCAGUCCUAUUUAGGGCACCCUCGUCUAACUAAAAUCUUUUAUGAACUACUCCAUACUGCUCCAUAUAUAUAUAUAUAUAUCUAUAUAUAUAUGAAAUACUAUUUUAUUCAUUAUGAAUUAGAAAGAAUAAAAAACAUAUCUUAAAAAUCACGCAAAUAUUUUUCGUACUUUGAGAACAUAUUGGGUUGUCGAAAAGGUAUAGAUGACGUCAUGCCACACAUCUCAAACACAUAGCAGGAGUCGUGCUUAGCUAAUAGCAUAAAGACAGGAUUUGAAAGCUGACAUUGAGCAGGUGUGCUAAUUCCUUGUAGUGCUUUUGUUCAGACUCAAGAGAAAUCGCCUUAAAGAUGAGUAAAACUUCUGCACAAAUUCACUAUACUCCACAAUUUGAUUACCAUAGGGGCAUACGUGCUGUCUAGGCCCAUAAAAGAAAUGGUUGAUAUUUAUGGUCAAAAUGCGUUAUCAGAACAAACGGCUCAGAGACGGUUCUCUUGAUCUUGCUCCGGAAAUUUCACUCUCCAUCCAUAUCAUCUCAUAGUGGUCGACCAACUACGGGAGAAAUAGACCAGAUUAUUGUGAAAAUGAGUAGCUAAGAUUUCGCCAAAUUACCAACUAUGUUUUACCAAACAAUUGUAAGCCGUUUUAAGAAGGCUAAGUACAAAAACAGUUCGAUGCUUGAGUGUCACACGAAUUGACGCAAAAAUAGUUACUCAAUCGCAGAAGGUCAUCGAUGAUCAAGAUGACACACACACUGAAUUUCGUAAUAAAAAAUAUGUUAAAUUUUGGCUUCAAACGGUAUGUUGAGAUAAACCAAUGACAAUGAUAUUAGAUGUUUCAUUACAAUAAAAUUGCCUGUAGAAAUCAAUAUACGAAAUAAAUUGCUUACCAAACGUUACCACUAAAAUUGAUAACAUUCAUUUUGAAUGCUCUGAAGUGUUCUAUUGCCGUUAACAAAAAGCGGAUAGAGGAGAUCUAAUAUAAAAAAAAAAAAAAAA